AAGAAUAUUAGAGAAACACAUAUCUAUACUCGGGAAAAUCAACAUUCCAUUUCUACCUGGGAAAGAACUUUUGUUUCUUAAUCAAUAUAUAUCCGCCUGAGAAAAGUCACUCCAUCUGUAUGCAUAGUAACAGGCACUCAGCUGUUUUUCGCAGAACCAUGAAUAUUCUCUCAAACUCGGUUCUACAACCUGCCUUCUCCUUUUUCUUCUUUCUCCUACUGCAUCACGUCAAGAUUACUGUUUCUUACAUCCCCAGUGAUUCCAUCCUUUCCAACUGUGGCUCCUCAGGUAUCACUCUCUCACCUGAUGGCCGCAACUGGACUGGUGAUUUCAACUCCAAAUCUGGUCCGGUGGAGACAUCUAAUGGCAAAUCAGUAGCUGCUACAGCCUCUAGCCAAGGCAGCGAUGUUAACUAUGUUCCUUACAUGACUGCUCGCAUCUCUGAAUCCCAGUUCAUGUACACUUUUCCAGUCACCGCCGGCCAGAAACUGAUUAGACUCUACUUCUAUUCUGCUUCAUACGAGCAAGGUGGUUUUGAAAGAUUUCGGGAUUUCUUUGAUGUCAAAGUAGGGCCUUUUACUUUACUCAGGAAUUUCAGUGCUUCCCUUUAUGCUGAAGCUCGGAAAAUCAAGUCUUUCCUUAAAGAAUUUUGCCUGAAUGUUAAAGAUGACCAGCAACUGAGUUUAACUUUCUCUCCUGUCCCAAUUAGCAACUCAAUUGAUUCGUAUGCUUUCAUCAACGGGAUAGAGAUUUUGUCUAUGCCAUCCAAUCUUUACUAUACGCCAAAAGACGGAUUAGGCCUCAGUUUCAUUGGUGAAAGGGAGAAGUUUUCUAUCACAAAUGAUACCGUUUUAGAGAAGAUGUAUAGAUUGAAUGUUGGAGGCAACACUCUCUCGUCAAGAGCUGACACUGGUAUGUACAGAGUAUGGGAAAGUGACUCUCCUUAUAUUUAUUGUGAUAGUCUUAUAAACAAUGAGCCAUCUUUGUCUCUUAAUUAUUCAAGAAUUCCGAACUACACAGCACCUGAUGAUGUAUACUUGUCCGCUCGGCAAAUGGAUAGCGGCACCACCAAUUUAACUUGGAUUGUGCCUGUCGAUCAAGGAUUUAGGUAUCUUGUAAGGCUCCACUUCUGUGAAUUUGUCUUAAUGAUUAAAGUCAAUGAGAGGCGUUUCAACAUCUUUAUAGACAAUCAGACUGCUGAAUUGGGUUUUGACGUUCUUGAAUCAAGUGGUGCUAACCGAACUCCCAUAUACAACGACUACAUAUUAAAAGCUGGGAACAAAAGAGGGACUGCUGCUGACGAUUAUAAGCUUUUCAUAACUUUGAGGCCUAAUGCGUCUAGUGUUUAUCUGGAUUCUUUCUUGAAUGGUAUGGAAAUUUUCAAGUUAAAUGACUCCGAUGGCAACCUUGGCGGACCCAACCCUCUAGUGGCUGUCCCUUCACCACCCGCAAUCGCACCGGUUCAACCAUCACAAAGAACCAAUAAGUCUCACCUGAAGAAAACACUGCUCAUUGCAGUGACUGGGAGUGUGAUUGGUCUGCUAAUAAUACUUUCUUUGUUGGCUUUCAUGGUGAUUUGGCGAUUAAGAAAGAGGAAGGACCAUCGCCAUGGUUCUUAUUACCAAUCAUUAAGCUGUUGUUGGGGGAAGAACUCUUCCAAAGGCCAGUCAACAAGGACUAAAGCUUCUUCACUACCAGAAAAACUGUGCCGCCACUUUUCACUGCUCGAGAUUAAAGUUGCAACAGAUAACUUUCAUGAGAGCUUGAUCAUCGGAGAAGGUGGCUUUGGCAAAGUUUACAAGGGAGAAAUGGACGAUGGAGCCAUGGUCGUUGCAAUCAAGCGCUUGAAUCCAGAGUCCAGACAAGGUGUUCAAGAAUUCAAAACAGAGAUUGAGAUGCUAUCUCAGCUCCGCCAUGUGCAUCUUGUAUCUCUGGUUGGAUAUUGUCACGAAGAAGGAGAAAUGCUCCUAGUCUAUGACUACAUGAUCAAUGGAACUCUUCGGCAGCAUCUGUACGGAACUAACAACGCUCCACUUCCAUGGAAGAAAAGGCUUGAGAUAUGCGUUGGCGCGGCACGUGGAUUGCACUACCUACAUGCUGGUGUAACGCAUACAAUCAUCCACCGAGACAUAAAGACCACCAAUAUCUUGUUAGACGGAAAUUGGGUUGCUAAAGUUUCAGAUUUUGGAUUGUCUAAAAUUGGUGUAAAUGACACUGCUGUUAGCACCAUAGUAAAGGGUACAUGGGGUUAUUUGGAUCCUGAAUACGCACGACGACAUCAAUUGACGGAAAAAUCUGAUGUAUACUCAUUUGGUGUGAUGUUGUUAGAAGUGCUGUGCGCUCGAAAACCACUGAACCAAAAGUUGGAGGAGGAAGAGAAGAAUCUAGCCUGUUGGGCAAGAAAAUGUAUCGAAAAUGGAACCAUUCAUCAAAUAAUUGAUCCAUAUCUAAUGGGAAAUAUAUCUCCUGAUUGCUUUAAUAAAUUUGUAGAGAUUGCAGAGAGUUGUGUUCGUGAUAAAGGGACUAAAAGGCCAUCUAUGCAUGAUGUAAUGGAGAAGCUUGCAUUUGCACUGGAACUACAAGAAGUUGCAGAUUCUGAGAAGAAAAUGAAUCCAGGUGGUGAUCAAUAUAUGUAUCCACUUGUAUCAUUCCGUGCUUCUCGAUACACCAACAUAGUUGGUUUGGAUGUAAGUAACUCAAGUGGCUUAAAAGAUCUAUACACAGAUGUUAGUCGGGUGAGUUUAACUAGUGUUGAAUCCAGUAGCACAAUGCAUAAUCAUGGCUUCUCCAAGACCUCCAACUCUGCUAAGGUUUAACUAGGGCAGAUUGAUAGAGUGAAUGAAAUUGCAUAUGUUGUAUGAUUCAUUUUGUAAUUGUGUGACUACUGUCCACUACCUGCUUGUUUAGCAUUUGAAAUGCUUCAAGUCCCAGAUAUUCCAAAAAUACCACUUUCCUAUCCUGAAAUUUACUAAGCGAAGUCUUUGUACCCACCUAGGUGGAAUAUAGUAUUGUUUCUUACCCUCAAAAUAUUAGGUGACAGUUUAAUAUAGUUAUUAUAGAUGAUACCGAGUGGAUAAGAAUUUAGAUAAAUAAAGAUUCUUGUGUAACAUUAUUUAUUUAUUAAUAGUCCUCCACUUCAGUUAUUUAUAACAAGAAUUUGAAUUUUUAAUUAA